AUGUCUAUUUCAAAUCCCCCUCAAAAUAAAUUAAGGGUAAUAGUGACCAUAUCUCUUGGAUUUUGCAUUGGUUUUAAUGACGCUGCUCCAGGUGCCCUCUUACCUCAUAUGGAAGAUUACUACAAUAUCAGCUAUUCUAUAGCUUCAUUGAUUUGGGUUAGUUCUGCAAUGGGGUUUGUGUUUGUUGCAUGCCUUUCUCAUAAAAUUGAAGGUCUUGGAAAGAAGAAUUCUCUCUCCUUGGGUUGUGCUCUUACUAUUAUCUGCUAUAUCAUUGUCUCUACUGGAACCAAAUACCCUGCUAUAGUAGUUGCCUACUUCUUUGCUGGCGCGGGAAAUGCUCUUCUAGUUGCUCAAUGCAAUAUAUUCAUUUCACGAUUUGACAAAGUUUCAACCUACCUUUCAUUUUUUCAUGGCUCGUAUGGAACCGGUGCCACUAUUUCUCCUUUAGUUGCUACUACUGCCAUCGCCAGAGGUGUCAAAUGGCACUACUUUUAUCUAAUCCUCAUGGGAAUUAUGAUACCCCAUAUGUUGACUGUUUAUUAUUCAUUCAGAGGUUCAGAGAAAGACUUGAAACCUUGGGACAAAGAUCAAACAGACAAAAGUAAAGAUAAUACUUCUUCGGUUGACACAGAAAAUGAUUCGGAAAAGUUCCCACCCAAAGAACAAAGCUUGAUGAUUCUUGCACUUAAAGAUCCUAUAACUUGGCAGAUUGCAUUCUUCGUUUUAUUCUACCAAGGUGCUGAAGUAGCAAUGGGAGGUUGGAUUGUUUCCUUUUUCCUUGAUUAUCGAAAUGCAAAUCCCAAAUAUGCUGGUUAUACUGCUUCUGGCUUUUGGGGAGGCUUAACAAUUGGUAGGCUAUGUUUAACUAUACCAUUGCACAAAGCACUUGGAGCUAGAAAGGGUGUGAUAAUAGCCUCAAUAGCAUCCAUGAUUUUGGUCAGUCUUGUGUGGAUUAUUCCUCACAUCAUAGUAGAGGCAGUUUUGAUAGCUUUAGCAGGCAUUUUUAUUGGCCCGAAUUAUCCAUUGCUUGUCACCUAUACUGCCCAUGACGGACUAAUUCCUAGAAAAAUCCAGGUAGUUGCUCUUACUAUCAUGUCAGCUUUUGGUAAUUCAGGAGGUGCCAUUUUCCCUUUCGUUGUGGGUUUAAUUUCGCAAACAGCUGGAACAUAUGUCGUUUUGCCAGUAUUUAUUGGUUUAUACAUUUUGAUGUUUUUUAUUUGGAUAAGUCUCCCAAACAUGGAGAGGCGUUCAUCAUCUAAAUCCAAUAACAUGUUGCAACGCAUUUGGGAGAGAAUUUGGUGA